CAGACCAAGUGGUCACACUGCUCCUUCCUUUUCUUUUCACCUUCGUGUAAGACAUCGUGUUUUCGGUGUUAAAUUUUCAUUAAAAAGUGAAAAAUGGGUUUCGUUAAGGUAGUCAAGAACAAGCAGUACUUCAAGCGCUACCAGGUUAAAUUCCGCAGGCGUCGUGAGGGUAAGACCGAUUACUAUGCCAGGAAGCGCUUGACGUUCCAGGAUAAGAACAAGUACAACACGCCCAAGUACCGUUUGAUUGUGCGUCUCUCCAACAAGGACAUCACUUUCCAGAUCGCAUAUGCUCGCAUUGAGGGUGACCGCGUUGUGUGUGCCGCUUACUCGCACGAGUUGCCGAAGUAUGGCAUUAAGGUCGGUUUGACUAACUAUGCCGCUGCAUACUGCACUGGCCUUCUGGUUGCCCGCCGUGUGCUGAACAAGCUACGGAACCCUGCUAAACAAGCCAGGGAAACCACCAGAUGCCGGCGGCCUAUCGCCCAACCUGUAUGGCUUCCGGAAAGGCAUGUCAACUCUGGAUGCUAUCAACAUAAUCACCAACAUAGCGGAGAAUGCCAUCAGCGGGACGCGCUGGAGAGCGGGCAAGAAGCAGUACUGCCUGCUGGUUACCCUCGACAUUAAAAAUGCGUUUAACACGGGGAACUGGGGAAGAACGAUGGAAGCCCUGCGGACGCUACGGAUCCCGGAAUACCUCCUGAGAACAGUGGACAGCUACCUCAGCGAGACGGCGCUGCUGUUGGAGACGAGCGAAGGGACAAGAGCAUAUAGAGUAACUGAUGGAGUCCCGCAGGGUUCGGUGCUGGGGCCGAUCCUGUGGAACACGACUUAUGAUGGAGUUUAUGAUAGACUGAACCUUCCCGAAGGAAAGACGGUCGUGGGGUUUGCCGCCAUCACUACGAUGGUGGCCAAGGAUCGUGCAGCAGUGGAAGCAGCUGGAAACGGGGCAAUCCGUGCCGUGGAGCUGGCGGCCCAUAAGACAAAAGCUGUUCUUAUCAGCAGCAGGAAGAUGGUGGAGACAGCUCGAGUGUCAGACGGCGGACACGACAUCAAAUCGCAAAGGGCGUUUAAAUAUCUAGGUGUUAUGUUGGACACCAGGCUCUCAUUCAGGGAGCAUCUGGAGUACGUCAACACAAAGGCCGCACAGACUUGCCGAGCACUCAAGCUAAUCCUGCUGAACACCAGGGGGCCAAAGCAAGCAAAAAGGAAGCUAAUCACCAGCGUCGUCUCCUCCCAGAUCCUGUAUGCUGCCGCAGUGUAGUCCAAAGCGAAGAAGGUGCCGAGCUAUAUGCCAGGAGUCGUCUAAACUCCUGCGCGCUUAGAACCCUAUCCGACGACGCAGCACUUGUCAUCGCUGGACUGGUGCCAAUAUCAGAGAAACUGAGGGAAAAGGCCAAGGAGUAUGAGCUAUCCUGCAGGGACACUUUCAGCCCUCACACGAGAGCUGCGUGUUAAUCACCCAGGAUCGAGAGCGUCAGGAUAUGUCAGACGAAGUGUGAUUCCUCAACCAAAGAACGCUGGACCAACAGGCACAUUCCAGACAUCAAGCUGUGGUUUGAGAGGAAGCACGGACAGGUCCACCUCACACAGAUAUUGAGCGGUCAUGGAUGCUUCAUAUCGUACCUGAAGCGGUUUGGCCGCGAAACGGAUGACUGGUGCCCAUCUGGCUGCGGAGGCAUCGUGGAGGGCGCCCACCACCUUCUUCGAGUGCCGCCGUUUCGACUAUGAGAGGCACUAGCUAGAGGAUGAGCUAGCCACCACCAUCAGCGUCGGAGGGAUCGUGCCAUUCAUGGUAUCGGAUCCCAAGGCGUGGGAGGCAACCACUAAGUUUGCCGCCACUUUAAUGCGGGAGCUACGGAGAGCAGAGAGUGAAAGGAAAGUGUCGGAGGAGCAAGGAGGAACGGUUGUGCGAAGCAAUGCUUUGUGGCCGUACCGCACAGCUACGCCUCAUUACCUCACCAACAAACCACAAACCCACACCCCCACAAUUAGCUGUUAAGGAACCGCGGGUAAGUGCCUGUUUUCCUAUUCUUCUUCGCUGUGAUUCUUGGCGCCACAUUUUUUGGUUGCAGCCUUCUUUUUUGCUUUUGGGCAAAAUUGGCCAAGCACACCACAAGUGGUGUUGGAUAACGACUGCAGAACAGGUGACUGGGACCUGCCAGAUCGGAGGCACGGAAGUUAGAAGAGAUGAGCGAUCAGCGGGAACAGGCUGCGGCUUGCAGCACUCCGCUGGCAACCUCAUUCGCCGAGAAUACCUUUCGCCGGAAAAAUGCUCUGGCCCGAUCGCCAAACCAGCCGACGGCAGCUGUGGAGGAGCGCGCAAGGUCCUCUCCUCCAACGUUGCAGCGCUGCCAAGAGGAGCAAGCAGACCCGAAGGAAAGAGCCAAGGCGCAUUUGGCGAGCUUGUGCCAAAAGGCUGAGGAAGCUGAUGGUGCUCCCAAAGAGGUCCAUCACUAACCCAAUGAGGGACCUGGUGGACGAGAUCGACUACCUGCAGCGAGAGGUGGUAUCGUGCUGGCAGGCGGUCUCUGCGGAGCAGUCUGUCGCCAAGGCUGCACAGCCGGCAGUGGCGGAAAGGGCGGGAAAGAGGGCACGGCUAGAGCACAGGAACACCACCCACCCGUCCCCGUCUCCAAUGCUGAAGAAACCAAAACAUGGGUCCAAAAUUUAAAAAAAAAAAAACGCCGUACCUCGCAAGGUAUCGGAGGACGC